CCCUGACCCUAAGGACAUGUAUGUAUAUACAGUGUAUGUAUUUGUGCAGUGAUUGAAUCAUGAAUAAAUAAUUUCCCAAGAGCUGAGCCAAACUAGUGGGUCGUAAUCCCCGCGGCAAACACAGGUGAUACCAAGACAACAAACAGACUUAUCUGUGUAACAAGCAAACAAGAGGGCAAAGUUACUCCAUUUGGCAGGAAUUGAACAAAAAAAAGGUCUUUGUGGGAGGGGUUAUUAUUGCAGGUUGGGGGUAGAUAAUCCUCCCUCCCCCCCCAAAAAAAAUAAGCAGCUCACCGAGAUUCACCGACCCUACAGCUCAGAAGACAAGCGCUCGGCUGUUCUGCUGUUCCAUGUCCUCUGAACCCCGGCUGCAAUGAUUUGGCUAAAUGUCGCCCUGCUGCUGGCACUGCACGGGUAUUGCCUGUGCCAAGAAAAAACGUACCUUGUCACGGGGCCCAGAAAUUGGAGGAUAGGAGCUUUGGAGACGGUGGUGGUGCAAGCGUUUGGCCAGGAAGGAGAUUUCUCAAUAACGAUUAAUCUGCUCAGUUACCCGGAUAAAAAGAUCACUUACGCAACGCAACACCUCGUGCUGAAUAAUGGCAACAAUUACCAGGGGCUGGUGAAGCUAAUGAUCCAACCCCAGGACUUCCCGAAACACAGCGCGUCCGACCCGAUGCCGUUUAUUUACCUGCAGGCGCUGUCCAACGCUUUCAACAAAGAAGAGCAAGUUCCAGUCUCCUACAGGAAUGGAUUCCUCUUCAUUCAAACCGACAAGCCGUUUUAUACCCCAGACCAGUCCGUGAAGAUCAGAGUUUACUCUAUGGAUGAAGAGUUAAAACCAGGAAGAAGGAAAGUCGUAUUAACGUUUAAGGAUCCAGAGGAAGUGAAGGUGGAUACUAUAGAAGAAGACGAUUUAACGGGAAUUAUUUCCUUCCCUUAUUUCAAGAUACCAGCCAACCCAAAAUUCGGCAUGUGGAGCAUUGAGGCCGCCUACGGGAAGGAUUUCACUACUUCUGGCACCGUGAAAUUUGAAGUGAAAGAAUACGUUUUGCCAAAGUUUUUGGUUUCGAUAGAACCGGAGCAGAACUUCAUCUGCUAUGACAAGUUUACGGAGUUUUACAUCACAGUGAGGGCGAGGUACUAUUAUGAGAAACUGGUUGAAAAUGCAAAAGUCUACAUUCGUUAUGGGCUAAUCCAAGAUGGCGAACGAAAGAUGUUGCCUAAGUCCAUUGAUCUGCUGACGAUGAACAACGGAGAAAGCGUCUUCCAGCUGAAUAGCCAAAAGGCACUGCAAGAACUGGGAUACUCAUCCUUGGAAGAAGUCGCCGGAUCUUAUUUGUACAUAACCGUGUCUGUUGAGGAGUCCACAGGCCGCGUGGAGGAAAGUGAAAAUGCCGACGUCAAGUUCGUUUUAAGCCCCUUCACCUUGAAGCUGGUCGGGACCCCUCUCUUCAUGAAGCCGACGUUACCGUAUUAUAUCAAGGUCCAACUAAGAGACACGUUGGACAAACCUGUGGGAAACAUUCCUCUAACCCUGUCUGGGGAUAUGGUGAAAGAAGACGGAUCCCCGGAAGCCUUGAUCAUUAAGCAACAGAGGAUUAGUACGGACAGGAAUCAUGGCAUUGGCCUGUUCAUCUUAAAUAUCCCAUCCGAUAUAGUGUCUCUGGAUUUCACAAUAAAGACAGACGAUAGCAGCCUCCCAGAGGAAAACCAGGCGACAGCUACUCACGUGGCAGUUUCUUACCAGUCGCUUACCAAGAGUUAUCUGUAUAUUAACUGGGCCAGAGAAAGAGAAGUUCUGCAUGUCAACAACUUCCUAAAUGUCCAAUUAGUUCCUAACAGCCCGUACAUUGCCAAGCUGAAUCAUUACAGCUACCUGGUCAUAUCAAAGGGGAAGAUAUUACAGUUUGGAACAGUACCAAGAGUGCCGGGUUCCAAUUCUCAGAGCCUGAACCUUCACAUAACAGCAGAUAUGGUUCCCUCUGUGCGCCUCUUAGUUUACUACAUUGUCACUGGAGAUGCCACCGCUGAGCUGGUUGCCGACUCCAUCUGGGUGGAUGUGGUGGAGAGUUGUGUCAAUCAUCAAAGCGUGCAAUUGUCCAAAAGGGAAAAUAUCAUGAAACCUGGACAGACGUUUUCCAUGAAGAUUUCAGCUCUGCCAAAGUCAUUGGUGGCCUUAUCUGCAGUCGACACGGCUCUAUAUGACGUGGGGAAAAGGUUCCAGAGGCCUUUGGAAACAGUUCUAAGGAAGAUCGAAGAGAGUGACCUCGGCUGUGGGGCUGGAGCCGGGGAGAACAACGCGGAUGUAUUUAGACUGGCCGGCCUUACAUUCCUGACUAAUGCUAACAUACAAGCUUCUCAAAAAUACGCACUGAAGUGCAAUGAAGUUUUAAGGCCUAAACGGUCGUUUAAUUUCAAAGAUGAAGUAGACAAGAAAGCCAGCACAUAUACAGACAGAAACAUGAAGAAAUGCUGUUAUGAUGGUGUGAAAUGUUUUCGGGACGAAAAUGAUUGUGCAGCUGGAAUCAACAGAGUCUCAAAACGUUACAGCAAAAAGUGCAUCAACGCUUUCGAAGUUUGCUGCUUGUUCGCAAAAAGUCUACAGGAAAAGAUGGACGCACAAAUCCAAGAUGUUGGAAUGGGAAGAAUGUAUCUCCGAACUGUUUUUGAUAUCGAUGAACCUCAGAUCCGAAGUUACUUCCCAGAGAGCUGGAUGUGGGAGGAGCAUUUGCUUGAUAAUCGCGGUGAGAAAACGUUAUCGGUGACUCUUCCAGAUUCUCUGACCACAUGGGAAUUUCAAGGCGUCGGCAUGUCCGAUAAAGGUCUCUGCGUGGCUGAUCAGUUCAAAGUGACGGCGUUUAAAGACUUCUUCAUAGAUGUUCAGCUGCCGUAUUCCAUUGUGCGGGGCGAGCAGAUCCAGAUCAAAGUUGUGGUCUUUAAUUACAGGAAUAGUGAUGCUAAGGGUUGUGUAACGGUGUCGGUGGGAAAAGAGAUUUGUCUGUUCAGUGACACAUCCCCCAGGAGUGGGUCAAGAGAAUGUUACAGACACACCCUCUCCGCCACAUCACUGACCCCUUUUACCUUCAGCCUCCUGCCCCUGGAAGUGGGGCUCCACCCUAUCUCCUUCACCCUCAGCUCUUCCAGCCAGGAGACCGUCAAGAAAACAUUACGAGUAGUGCCAGAAGGUAUUAAGAAAGAACGGAAUGCGGGAUUUACACUGGAUCCCCAGGGCAUCCGCGGUGUCGCACAAAGACGUCAAGAAAUAAGCUAUAAAAUCCAAUCAAACAUUGUGCCAAAAUCAAAAGUCAGCCGGAUUCUAUCUAUUAGCGGAAACAUUCUGGGUGAAGUCAUCAACACCGUCGUGAAAUCAGAAGGAAUCAACUACCUGGUCAGUCUCCCGAAGGGCAGCGCCGAGACUGAGCUCAUGAGGGUGGUCCCUAUAUUUUACGUGUACCACUAUCUGGAGAAGAACAAGCGAUGGGAUCUGUUGGGGACCAACAUCUUGGCUGCACAGAUUGACAUGCAGAGAAAGAUGAGGGAAGGUGUAAACAGUAUCCUGUCAUUCAGAGGGAAAGAUUUCUCCUAUAGUAUUUGGAAGGAGGGGAAACCAAGUGCAUGGUUAACUGCUUUUGCCUUGAAAAUCUUUGGGGAGAUGGAAAAAUAUGUAUACGUCAAUAAAAUGUCGGUGUGUAACAGCAUUACCUGGUUACUGGACAAAUGCCAGCUGAGAGACGGCUCGUUCAUAGACCAGUCGGGCUACCAACCCGGGAAGCUGCAGGGCACUGUACCCAGCAAAUCAAAAGAAAGAAGCUUAUAUCUCACAGCCUAUGUGUUUAUCGGGAUUCAGAAAUCCUUUCACAUGUGCCCUCUGGAGGAAGUGAAAGAGGGUUUGAGAAGAAGCGAGGAGUAUUUGUCUAAAAACAUCAGAAGAGCCAAGAGCACCUUCACUCUGGCUAUCAUGGGCUAUGCCCUGGCAAGUUGGGACGUGUCUUUGGCCAGUGUGAGAUACGUCAAAGGGGCCCUGGAAAGGGAAGCCUACGUCAUCGAAUCAGGCGAUCUCCCUAUUCAGCGAUACUGGAAAGAUUCUCUCAAAAAAGUGGAUGACACCACCCCAAGUGUUGAGACCGCUCGCAUGGUGGAAACAACGGCCUACGCUCUACUCAUGUACCUGAAACUGGCACUGAAAGACUAUUAUAACCCAGUGGUGCUCUGGCUGAAGGAGAAACAGAGAUACGACGGCGGCUUUUACUCAACCCAGGACACAGCCAUUGCCCUUGAAGCUCUGACUGAGGUUUCCAUUGUGGAUAAGAAGCUCACAUUAAACAUGGGUGUCCAGGUGUCCUACAAGAAAUCCGGAGACUUCAAGAAUUACAGACUGACAGAGACAUCGUCUUUCACGGGGCCAGAAGAGGUGCCCCUUCCAGAAGAUAUCAUUGUAUCCACGUCUAGUGCCAACGGGAUUGCUUCAGUGCAUGUACAGACUGUCUACAGCAUCAUCAGCCCGCCGCAGGAAAAAUGCCGGUUUGAUCUCAGAAUUGGGAAAAAGCUGAACUAUAACACUGCUAUAUAGACACAGCACUUGAGGACAUUAGAAAGGACAUGUCUAAUACAACAGCAACACCUAAAACUAGACAGACAACUUAGCGAAGAGCUCACACCCAAAACAGAAAAUGCAAAAUCUGCAACCAUCACGGAAAGGGGAACAAGGAACAUGCUUGGAUUGCUUACAACCACCAAUGUCAGCACCAACCUUGUCUCCACUAAUACUGUCUCAAGAUAUACAAGAUAGUCCUCAUAUAGAUCAAGCGCAAGCUCCAAAUCCCUCCAUGUCAGCAAAUCCUUCCACAUCAUCCAAACCUCCUCAGUUAGAGGAAUUAUUUGGCUGGAUAAAAUCUACUAUCCAAUCAUCCAUCAGUCAGCCUUCUAUCCAUAGUAAGAAACGCAAAGCACAAUUAUCUCUAGACACUGAAUCAUCAGAGUCACAUGAUAACACUGACCAAGAUAGUGACCCAGAACCAGGAGAUCUUUGGAUUAGUGAAAGAUCAUCCGAUGACUCAGACUCAGAACAUCAGUACCGCUCCAUUGCAGGCCCAGACAUAGCAAAGCGUCUGCUAUGUGAAAUGUUAGCCACACUUGAAAUUAAAGAUGAGACGACCACCACAUCAAAAACUGACAAAGUUCUGGGCGUUCAGCCUCGGGAGUCGAGAGCUUUCCCUGUGUUUAAAUCCGUGUCUCAAGUCAUCAAAAAUGAAUGGUCAAGACCAGGUCAUCGUUUUUACAUUAACUCAGAGGUUCCAAAGUACUUAUCCCAUACCGGAAGAACAACAAAAGCUUUGGGACAAAGCUCCCAAGGUGGAUUCCGCUAUUGCCUGCCUCUCCAGAAAUACCACACUUCCAACUGAGGAAGCAGCAUUUAAGGAACCCAUGGAUACAAAGAUGGAGGUCUCCUUGAGGAAGGGUUUCACACAUUCUACUGCAAUGCUUCGACCAGCAAUAGCAGCAGCAGGACUAGCACGCACAUCUAGAUUCUGGUGUCAAGAACUACUCCAAAUCGCAGGAGGAACUACAGGAGGAACUAUAUCGUAUCAGUUCAGCACUAGCCUUUUUGUCCGACGCUGCAAUGGAUACAGUGAAACUAGCAGCCAAGGCCAGCAUGGACAAUGUAUUUGCCAGGAGGGCCCUGUGGUUACGCCAUUGGUCUGGUGACACAGCAUCCAAAACGAAAUUUCUUAAUCUACGUUUCACGGGAGAUACACUUUUUGGACCGGAUCUCAAGCAGAUCAUAACGGAGGUUACGGGAGGGAAGAGCACUUUCCUACCAUCUGGAAAGAAACCUAGGUCUGAAAAACAAGGUAGACCAUACAAUAGGCAAUGGGGGUCACAGGGUCGCUCCUUUCGCCCCUUUAGAAACACUUAGUUUUGCCCCAACCAGACAGGUGGAGAAACCAAAAAAAGCAGGCCAUCCUGGUCCAACCAAUCCCGGCAGACCAGAAAGCCAGGUCCUCCAAAACCAACUUCCGCCUGACUAACACAACACUCGCACAGGAGGGGCAGGAGGUCGUCUUCAAAUGUUCUUACCAAUCUGGCAGACUCACACUCCGGACACUUGGGUACUUACUAUCAUCAAAGAAGGCUAUCAAAUUCCAUUCAACAACCUACCUCCUCACUCCUUCAAACAGUCCGCCAUUCCAAAAAGCCAACACAAACUUUGGGCUCUCAUGUCCAUAGUCACAGACUUACUCGAUCAAGGAGUCAUAACCAAAAUUCCUCCUCCGGAGAGAUUCAAAGGUUUUUACUCAAAUUUGUUUCUGGUCACGAAAAAAGAGGGAACCUUCCGACCAGUCCUAAAUUUGAAACCUCUCAACAUCUUCGUAUCCAAGCAAAAAUUCCGCAUGGAAUUAAUUUGUUCAGUUCUGAUGUCAAUGACAGAAAACUGUUACAUGACAAAGAUAGAUCGUCGAGACGCCUACUUAUAUGUUCCCAUCAGGGAGCAAUCUCAAAAAUAUUUAGGAUUCACGAUCCUAGAAGAUCAUUACCAGUUCAGGUCACUUCCAUUCGGACUGUGCACAGCACCAAGGGUGUUCACCAAAAUCCUCAGCCCUCUCAGGUGCAGGGGGAUUACACUUACCCCAUACCUAGACGAUCUUCUCAUCAGAUCCACAUCAUACGAACAAAGUCAGAAGGACACUCAAAUAUGCGUCAGCAUGCUCCAGCAACACGGCUGGCUCAUAAAUCACAAAAAGAGCCAACUCAUUCCAACUCAACACAUUCAAUUUUUGGGAAUGUGGCUGGACUCCUCGUCACAGACAAUCUCUCUCACGGAGGAGAAAAUUCAAACCAUUAUUUACACUGCACAACAAGUCUGCAGUCAGCAGACAAUAACGACAAAGUGUUGCCUCACAUUGUUGGGUUACAUGGUAGCAGCCUUGGAGGCACUUCCUUUCGGCAGAUUCCACAUGAGGGAGUUCCAAAAUCAUUUCCUCCGCUGUUGGAACAAAGACCACUUCGAUCUCACACAGCAGAUUCCUGUGACCAGUCCUGUCAGACAGUCCUUACGAUGGUGGACAUCACCUCAGAACCUCAACAAGGGGAGAUCUUGGGUCUUACACCAGUGGACGGUAGUGACCACCAAUGCCAGCCUCAGUGGCUGGGGAGCAACUCUUCCACCCCACAAUUGUCAGAGUCUAGUCUCCAAGGGAGGCCGCCCUACCAAUAAAUGUGCUAGAAAUAAGAGCGAUAAGGAAUGCUGUCCGACAUUGGUCAAACGAGCUGCACGGCCUACCUCUCAGAAUACAAUCAGACAAUCCCACUGCCGUGGCAGAGCCAUGCGCGAGGUAUCUCAUAUACUCGCAUGGGCGGAAAUGAAUGUUCCAGCCAUAUCCGCGGUGUUCAUACCCUGAGUACUCAAUUGGGAAGCGGACUACCUCAGCCGGCAACGCGUAGACCAGGGAGAGUGGGCCCUACACCCAGAGGUGUUCGAGGAAUUCAAGUCCCGAUGGGGCCGACCAGACAUAGACUUUUCGGCAUCAAAACACAAUUUCAAGGUACCUACUUACUGCGCCAGGUCUCGUGAUCCGGGAGCGGCGUAUGUAGACGCCUUAGUCAUUCCUUGGAACUUCAGUAAAGUCUAUGCCUUCCCCCCAAUAGUACAGUUACCAAGGAUAAUCCAGAAAAUCAAAAAAGAGGGUGCAUUAACGAUUCUCAUUGCCCCAGACUGUCCGAGGAGAGCGUGGUAUUCAGAACUCGUCAAAAUGUCAGUAGCUCCUCCUUGGAGACUGUCUCUUCGGCCAGACCUUCUUAUUCAGGGUCCAGUCAGACACGAAAACCUAUCCAUUUUGCAUUUAACGGCAUGGCUAUAUGGAGGUCUUAAGGUUUUUCACAACGGGCCACAGACAAUUUUAUGAAGGCCAGAAAACCAGCCAUCACAAAGGCCUACUAUAAAACUUGGAAAAAGUUCAUGAUGUGGUGUGAAUCUAGGAAUUUAUACUGGCAACAGACUUCCAUUCAGAUGAUAGUGGAAUUUCUAACUCAAGGGUUCCAGUUAGGGUUAUCCUUAGCGACUCUAAAGGGCCGGAUUUCAGCUCUUUUUAUCCUUCUACAACAGGGAUCCCCAACCUUUUUUACCUAAGAGCCACAUUCAAAUGUAAAAUAAGCUGGAGAGCAACGCAAGCAUGUAAAAAACUCCUGAGAGUUGCAGUUAUGGGCUGUGAUUGGCUAUUGGUAGCCCCAAUGUGGAUUGGCAGCCUACAGGAGGCUCUGUUUCGCAGUACA